UUUCUGGCCUCUUCUUCUAUUCCUCCUGUGCCUAUAGAGGAGAAUCCUAAGGAGAGUAAACCCCAUGCAGAGACAACCCACCCACAGGAUGUGAACCACAGAGAUCAACAGAGGAAUCCAGGGACCUCUACCACUCCCGCCCGGCCCAGUUCUGGGGGUGUCCAAGACACAGAGAUGGGUCCCUGCCGCAGACACCUGGACUCAGUGCUGCAGCAACUCCAGACUGAGGUCUACCGAGGGGCUCACACCCUCUAUGUGCCUAACUGUGACCAUCGAGGUUUCUACCGGAAGCGGCAGUGCCGCUCCUCCCAGGGACAACGCCGAGGUCCCUGUUGGUGUGUGGAUCGAAUGGGCCAGCCCCUGCCGGGGUCUCCAGAUGGCGACAGAAGCUCCCCAUGUCUCCCGGGGAGCAGUGGCUAAAGCUGGGUGGGGGCGGAGGGGCCAGUAACAGGAGCAUGGAGCCGUCAGCUUGGGUUAUAUGUUAAGUACAAAUAACUGAGGGGCUCUGGGCCCCACAACCCACACAUCUGGUGGGAAAGAUUGUUGGGUUGGCUUGGGGUAUUAAUAAAGCUGUACUGGGGGUCUCCAG